AUGAUCUUCUUCGGGGCUCUCGAGGACUGUGCCGAUCCUUUGAUAGAGUUACCCAUCGUAUGUUCUCUACCAUCGACUGCGGGCAGUCUGAUCGACCCCUUUAGUCUACAGCUGUCAUCUACACAACUCCUUGAGAGUAUUCAAAAUAGUACUGUUAGUACACCACCAGGUGAGUCUUGGGGUACUAUAAUAGCGAUGUUACAGUAGUCCAAUGCUAUAUUAAUAGUAGCAUAUAACCAUUUUAGUGGUAGUAUAUCACUAAAGGUACAACAAUACAAAAUUAUAAAAAUAUAGCGUAAAGUAAUAAAGUUAUGUUAUCGGUAACCACAACAUGUACAUCUCGGUAGUAUGUUUUUACCCACUCAACCUUACACAAGGCUUGUCCAAUAACAAUAUCACUAUUGAAGUGCUUAUUUACUCUCAUUUCAGCCCCAUGUUCGUGUUGUUCCAACAGUAUAUACGACAAGACGUUUCUACUGAUUGGCGGAGAGUGUUAUCACGAAGACUGUGCCAAAUGUACUGCUUGUCAAGAACAGUUGAGCAAUCAGCCAACUUGCUUCUACAAGGAUAACAACCUGUGGUGCAAACGAGACUAUUUACUGUAAGUUUAACAAAAGUUACAGUAAGCCAUUUGUAAAAAUUUUUUGAAAUUUUUCUUUGAAAAGUCAUAUUAAAGUGGCAAAUUGAAUGUUUUUUAAAUAUUUUUGCCAAAAAAUCAAGUUUUAUUACAACUAUGUCAAUAUAAACCUACCCAACCCAUUAUUACCCCAACUGUAUCUAACACAACAUAUGAGUGCCUACUACAACAUACGUGUACCUAACCCAAUAUAUUCCAGAAAGUACGGCCUCAGAUGUCAACGGUGCUCGAGCUUCAUAAACAGCGGAGAAUACUUCAUGAGCAUCAAGAACGCCGUGUAUCAUACCGAAUGUUUUGUUUGUUUUCUGUGUAAUCGACCAUUCCUGGUCGGAGACCGCUACGUUUUGCUCGGGAAUGGGGUCGCUUAUUGUGAAUGUACGUUUCAAACUGUUUUAGGUUAUAAAUUUAUACUUUAAAGUUUAAUAUUUAAAAUUAUUUUUUUAUUAAAUUAAAAAAAUUUUUCAAAAUUUCAAAAAGAUUUUCAAUCUACAAACCAUGUUUUAGCCCACGCCAGCACCUUCAACCCCUCCGAAGUGUUCAUGGACAAACUGCUACCUCUGAACGAGAACACUGACAUCGACGGCAAGACCAGUCCAGUCCGGUCGUAUCAACGGCACAAAGUCAGUCGAAAGUGUGGCAACGAGAACACGUCCAGCUGCUUCGACAGCACAGCUGACGUCCAGUCAGGUAAGUGAGGCAAUCCCCUCGGGGCCUCGCGCCACCGUAACCCGGCCCUAAUUGGUGGGCUCUUGUUUAGGGCGCGAAGGAAGAGGGGAAUUAUAAUAUAAAUAAUUAGUUCAAUCUACUCUUCCAGACGACAAAGACACCGCCGGAAGUCGCAAGACCAAGCGAAUGAGGACCAGCUUCAAGCACCACCAGCUCAAGACCAUGAAGACCUACUUCAACUUGAACCAGAACCCGGACGCCAAGGAUUUGAAACAGUUGGCACAGAAGACCGGACUGACUAAAAGAGUUCUACAAGUAAGUGCUAUAGACUUUGGCAUGAACAUAAACAUUUUAUGCAUAAGCUAAUAUAGCGUUAGUAGGGUUUUACAAGACAUUUCACACUUUUUAUAGCUUUUGUACAAAAAGUAAUGACAAAAGCUUGGUCACAAGAUAACAUUGAAAAACAAAUACCUAAUUAUAUCUAAAAACUCGUGUCAAAAUAGACAUAAAAAGGUAAUAAUAGUCCGAGUUUCGUCAAGAAACUACCAAAAAAACCAUAAUAACAUAAACGUUUCAUUCCAAACUCAAUUACUUUUUGAACGAUCAACAAAACAAACAUGUUAUCAUACAUAUUUUACGUAUUUUGCCAAUCCCAACUUACUCUUACCCACUUAUUUGAAGGUAUGGUUCCAAAACGCCAGAGCGAAGCACCGUCGAAGUCAGAUGGGCAAAGAACGGCCUUCUGAAUUCCCUACCGUAUUCCAAGACACCUUCACCAACUCGAUCCGCGACUCGGCCAGUCCAGGGGGCAGUAGUCCAGCCAUGGACAACCGAUCCCUAAUAUCAGACAGUCCGGAAGCACAAAGCGACGAUUCUUCGGCGCGCACGGUGAAGUCAGAAUACAUUUGA